AUGGAGAACCAUGUUGGCGAGCGGACCGUCAACAUAUUCGGACGUGUGUUCCCGCGCGACGCCUUCAUCUGCCGCCUAUUCUAUCUCGCCUUCUUCGCCAGCUUCGGCAGUCUGUUUCCAUUGCUCGCCGUCUACUUCAAACAGCUCGGAAUGACGGCGGCGCAGGCCGGCUUUCUGCUUGGCUGUCGGCCGAUCGUCGAAUUUCUGUCGGGACCGUUCUGGAGCCAAUUCGCGAGUCGCUUCCGCAAACAGAAGCUCCUUUUGCUCUUCUCGCUUGGCAGCUUGAUCGUGUUCACGCUGGCCGUCGGACUCGUCCAGCCGGUCACCCCAUACUGCAUUGUCUAUAUGCCAGAAGGCAACAAGACGUGUCAAACGAUGCUGGCACCCGCCGGAAACGUGAUCCGCGGCGGCGCCCUCGGAAUGCUCAAAGCCGCCGUCGUCGGCAAUGAUGGUCCGAAGCGGCAUCGGCGACAAGCCCAAUCGCCGAUCGUCGAGAAGAUCAUCGAUCUGAGCUCGUUCGACAGCGACGAGGACACCAUCGCCGGCAUUGCGCCCGAAUACAUAACGAAAGAGCGCGUGUGCAACUACGACGAGGACCUCUACGGAAUUCUCGUGUCGCCGCCGCACUCGACGCGCGUCUACCGUCAGCCGGCCGUCGAGCAGGCCUUCAUGCUCCUCCUCAUUCUCAUUUGCCUCUGCGAGUUCUUCUCGUCGCCGGCGCUCGCGCUAGCCGACGCCGCCACACUCAACGCCGUCAAGGACAAUCCGCAAGAGUUCGGCAAGAUCCGUCUGAUGGCGUCGGUCGGUUGGGGUCUCGCCAUGUUCGUGAUGGGCGUCGGACUCGACUAUUCGGACACGUUCCGCAAUCAUCCGUGUCCCGCCGAGAACACCACCGAGAAGAACUACACGCUGUGUUUUGUGAUGUGCUCGGUGUUCAUGCUCAUCGCGAUGAUGCUCGCCACCAAGUUCAAGUUCGACGACGACGUCGCCGCGCCCGGCGAAGUUCCGGGCCUCGUCAUGGACACGCGCGAAUCAGAAGUGUCGCACGUCGUCGCCGAGAAGGCGCGCGCUCGUCACCUUCAAUCGGACGCCGGCGGCGAGAACACGCUGUGGAACGCGCUCAAAUCAUUGGCCAGCAUGCACAUGCUGCUCUUCUUCGUCUCCGUCGUCGUCAUGGGCAUCGGCGCCGGCCUCGUCUUCUCGUUCCUCUUCUGGCAUCUUCAGGAUCUCGGCGGCUCGCCGGUCCUCUUCGGAAUCCUCUCGGUAGUCAAUCACGCCUCGGAAAUCGUCGCCUACUUCUAUGUGUUUCGUCUCAUCAACAAGUACGGCCACGUCCGCGUGAUGUACCUGUGUCUCGCCAUCAACGUCUUCCGCUUCUUGAUGCUCAGCGUGUUCGACAAUCCGUGGAUGGUGCUUCCACUUCAGGUGCUUCAGGGUUGCUGCCUGGCAACUGUCUGGACGACCGCCUCAUCAUACAUCUCGCUGAUUGCGCCGCCGCACGCCAAACAGCACGCGCAAUACGCUCUUCAAGUCGGAUACCAUGGAAUCGGAAAAGGAAUCGGUGGAAUCGUCGGCGGAUCGGUUAUCACAAUGAUCGGCUCUCGCAGCACGUUCGUGCUCUACGCUCUCCUCUGCCUGGUGACAUGCGCCGGAAGUUUCGGUCUCAACAAACUUUUCAAGUACGAGGGCAUCAAAUACGGCGCCGGAAAUUUCGAGGAGGAGGACAUGGACUUCAUGGCUCCACAAGGUGUUCCAAUGGCUCGCGACGGCAAACUCACCGACGCAUUCAGCUCCAACACCGUCGUCAACGCCAAUUACGGCGCCAUCAACCAAGAGGAUCCAACCCAAGACGCCUACGAUCGCUACGUGAGCACGACUCGGUAG